CAUAACUUCUUUGAGAAUCUCAACUAUCAAGGAACUUAAGACUUUCCCCUUCACUUUGCAAUCAUAAAAAUGCUUUACAAAAGCCUCUUCGUUGUUGCACUGGCCUUGAUCAGCUUCUCAGCCGCUCAAGGACCGCAGCCAUGUUACAAUGCGGCGGACCCUGAUGGAGGUAUUGGGAACUACUGCUCAUGCGCUGAUGGAUCAUGCUGGAAUAUCAACCCCGAUGGACAUAGUUGUGAUCCAACUGGAACCGACAAAUAUCCCUCGUGCCCAUAGUCAGGAUUCCGCUGGGAGAGCCCCAUAGCACGGUCAUACAAAUCUUGCGUGGAUAUGGAGCGUCUGAGCUUGGGGCUUAACUUUGGCGGAGGGUCCAAGAAUAUGGGUUUUAGAUAGACCAAAGACUAUUCGUG